AUGUCCCGUGUUGCACAGCUGGAUUCACUGGCUUUAGAUUCAGAGUUACAUCAGAGUAUAUGGGCGGAAUUCCAAUCAGAGUUUAAACCAAUCAAAUAUGUUGAUGAAUGGCAGUUACUACUUCACACACUAGUCUACCAUGUUUCAACACACGCUAGUGCUUCCGGUGUAAGCACUUAUGGUUCACAGUUAAGUGGCGUAACGUACCGUACAAGAAAAUCUACACUAUUCCUAGUCACUAUACUUAUACGAUAUCUGCAUAAGAAAUUGUCAGCAUAUUUGCUUAGCGAGGAUACAUCAAUGAAAUGGUAUAAAGUGUUUGCCAAAUGGUAUCAUUGUUACGAUUUGGUAAAUUUCCUGAGCUUUCUAUCCAAGCCCAUGUUUCUUUCACCAAUGCAUAGGUUGUUGAACAUAAAAUGUUUCAGGGCGCUUGAUGACCCCAAUUUUUAUACAUCCACAGUAUACUCUGGAUUAGAGUUCCAAAAUAGACAAUUGAUGUGGAAUGCUAUCCUUGAACUACUAAAUGGUAACUUUCUCAAUUUGAGCUACUUCUCUAAAAGCAAACUCAUUAAAAAUGAAACACCAACCCAGCCAAACCAAUGUGCUAGAUGCAAGGAACUCCCCUCAAAUCCAUAUGUAACAUCCUGCUGUAAUGCAGCAUAUUGCUAUGUUUGUGUGCUGGUAAAUUUGGAUAUCAAAUUCUGUAGUAAUUGUGGCAUGAAAGCUGCGAUGACAGCAACACCCCUUUAUAAACCUUUAACUGGCAGCGCUAAGAUAGCAGAGAGUUUAUAA